AUGCCUAGUUAUGUAAAGUUUAUGAAAGAGAUAUUGUCUAAUAAGAGAAAAAUGGAUGAUUAUGAAAUUGUUGCAUUAAUUGAAGAGUGUAGUGCAAUUAUUCAAAAGAAGCUUCCUCAAAAGUUAAGGGAUUCGGGCAGCUUUACCAUACCUUGCAUCAUUGGGAACUUUCAUUGUGAGAGAGCUUUAUGUGAUUUGGGUGCAAGCAUAAAUUUAAUGUCACUGUCUGUAUUUAAAAGCCUUGGUUUGGGGGAAGCUAGACCCACUACUGUUACUCUUCAACUGGCUGAUCGUUCAUUAACACACCCCAGAGGUAUUAUAGAGGAUGUUCUAGUAAAGGUAGAUAAGUUCAUUUUCCCAGUGGAUUUCAUUGUACUAGAUAUGGAGGAAGAUGAGGAUGUGCCUAUUAUAUUGGGACGACCAUUUUUGGCCAUGGGGCAAGUGUUGAUAGACGUUCAGAAGGGAGAGUUAAGGCUUAGAGUACAAGGUGAUGAGGUUGUUUUUAAUGUUUUCAAAGCUUUGAAAUAUCCUUUAGUCAGUGAUAGUUGUUUUUGUGUUAGUGUAUUGGAGGAACCAAGUAAAAGGGUCCAGUCUAUUAAGGAUCCACUGGAGUUGAGUUUGAUUGCAAGUCCUGAAGAGUGUGCUGGUACUGAAGCCAGUGAGUAUGUUAAGUGGUUGAAUUCGUCAGGGAAAAUUUAUAAAAAGAAAUAUGAGGAAUUAGGGCAAGUGCUUGAGAAACCUCUCCCAUCCAUUAAGAAACCACCAACUCUUGAGUUAAAAAUCUUACCUGAUCAUCUUAAGUGCGCUUAUCUGGGGAAGAAUGAUACUCUCCCAGUUAUUAUUUUAGCUUCUUUGCCUGUGACUGAAGAAGAGAAUCUUCUUAGGGUAUUAAGGGCUCACAAAUUAGCAAUUGGAUGGACUUUGGCAGAUAUUAAGGGCAUUAGUCCUUAA